AUGAAGAAAAAGAAAAAGGGAAGCAUAGACGAUGAAAGAUUUAAGACGGUUUUAAACGAACCGCGCUUUGAUGCACUACCGCGGAAAGAGAGAAAAGUUGUGGUCGAUGAAAGGUUUAAGGACAUGUUGGCAAGUGAAAAAUUUGCGUCAAGAAGUAAUGUGGACAUGCGCGGACGACAUGUUAAUCUAAGACCAAAAAAUGAUUUGAAUGUUUUGUACGAAUUGUCAAAUGAUGAUUAUAGUAAUUCGGAUUUUGAACCAGAGGAGAAAAAGGAAAUUAAAAUUGAUUUAGCCCGUGGGAAUGGUAAUAUAACAUCGAGUGACGAAGAUUCAUCUUCCGAAUGGGAGAUGGACGAAGAGGAAAACGAAACACACGAUUGGGGUGAAACUGAUAGAGAUGCUCGUCGGGUCGAAUGGGCAUCUCGUCGUUUAGCUUUAUGUAAUAUGGAGUGGGAUCGAAUUUCGGCUACUGAUAUUUUUGUUAUGAUUUCCUCGUUCAAGCCACCUGCACCAGCUGCUAUCCGCUCAGUGACAAUAUAUAAAUCGGAUUUUGGUCAGAAGCGUUUAGAAGAAGAAGAACGUAUGGGUCCAAAAUUGACUAAAUUGAAGAAACCAGUUGAGGAUACUGAAGAAAUGGAUGAAAUAACUCGUGAAGCAAUGAGAGCUUAUCAGUUGGAAAGAAUGAGAUAUUAUUAUGCUAUUAUUGAAUGUGAUGGAGUAGAAACAGCCUCAUGUCUCUAUGAAGCAUGUGAUGGUGUUGAAUUCGAAAGUAGCGCUGUACGUUUGGAUCUUCGCUUUGUACCCGAUGAAAUGAUCUUUGAAAAUAAUUCAGUGAAGGAGCGAGUUACUGAAGAGGAUAUCAAUUUGAAUGCGUUUAAGCCCAAGAAUUUUGAAAGUGCUGCUUUAUCGAAGUCGUCUGCUAAACUCACGUGGGAUGAAACAGAUCCAGAGCGCAUCAAAGCAGAACGAGAUGCAUUUCUUCCAGAUGCAGAUCUUGAUCAAGUGCAGUAUUUAUUGGCGCCUUGUUCAUCUGAUGAAGAGGACGAUGAAACGGGGAAAAGUAUAGCCUUACUAAAAGAAGCUAAAACAGAAGCUUUCAAAAAAGAUGAUUCGGUGAUGGAAGUAACAUGGGAUGUAGAAAUGACGGAUGAUACAAUUUUGAAUAAUAAAAAGAAAAAGUGCGAUGAACCAACACCUUGGGAGAAAUAUCUUGAGAAGAGAAAAGCCAAGCGUAAAGAACGAAAAGCUAUGAUUGCUGAGUUGAAGAAAAAGCAAAAAGCAGAAAUGAUUGAAAGCACUACGGAAAAUAAUAUUAAGUCAUCGGCAAAAAAUAAGCUGAAAAAAGAUGUCAAAACUACUGAGUCAGAUUAUAUCGAUGACGAAAGGUUCAAAGCCUUGUAUAGCAACAGUGCUUUUGCUGUUGAUCAAUCUCAUCCUUUGUUCAAAUCAUCAAAACUCGCCCUAAGACAGGCUGAAGAGAAGCAGAAACGUAAAGCCAGCAGUGUUGUCGAAGACAGCAUUGAAAUAUUGGCCAAUAAGUUGAAGAAGAAAGCGGAUAAUGCAAAAAAAUUGAAAAAAAAUUAUUGA